CUUUGCCGCCGAGCUCGGGUCGCAUCGCCUUUGGGGCCGCCGCCGCCGCCAUGGCCGACAUGAAAACGGGCAUUUUCGCCAAGAACGUCCAGAAGCGGCUGAGCCGGGCGCAGGAGAAGGUGCUUCAGAAGCUAGGAAAAGCUGAUGAAACUAAAGAUGAACAGUUUGAAGAAUAUGUUCAAAACUUCAAGAGGCAAGAGGCGGAAGGUUCUAGGCUCCAGAAAGAACUCCGGGGAUAUUUAGCUGCUAUCAAAGGCAUGCAAGAUGCUUCCAAGAAGCUCACAGAGUCCCUGCACGAAGUCUAUGAGCCUGACUGGUAUGGCCGAGAAGACGUGAAGGUGGUCGGAGAGAAGUGUGAUGUACUGUGGGAAGAUUUCCAUCAAAAGCUGGUGGACGGAUCAUUGCUGACCUUGGAUACAUAUCUGGGACAGUUUCCUGAUAUUAAGAAUCGCAUUGCAAAACGGAGUAGAAAACUGGUUGACUACGACAGUGCCAGACAUCACUUGGAGGCUUUGCAGAGUUCAAAGAGAAAAGAUGAAGGCAGAAUUUCUAAGGCAGAAGAAGAGUUUCAGAAAGCGCAGAAAGUAUUUGAAGAUUUUAAUACUGAUUUACAAGAAGAGCUACCAUCUUUAUGGUCAAGACGAGUCGGCUUUUAUGUGACCACAUUCAAAAAUAUCUCCAGCCUCGAAGCCAAAUUUCACAAAGAAAUCACUUUGCUAUGCCACAAACUUUAUGAGGUGAUGACCAAGCUGGGAGAACAGCAUGCUGACAAGGCCUUCACCAUCCUAGGAGCGCCCAGUGACUCAGGCCCACUCCGAAUUGCAAAAACUCCAUCUCCACCCGAAGAGGCCUCACCUCCGCUUAGUCCUGAAGCCAGUCCUAACCAUACGUUGGCACCAGCUUCUCCUGCACCAGCACGGCCUAAAUCUCCCUCACAGCUGAGGAAAGGACCUCCCGUCCCACCGCUGCCUAAACUCACACCAACUAAAGAGCUACAACAGGAGAAUAUUAUCAGCUUAUUCGAUGACAACUUUGUUCCAGAAAUAAAUGUGACAACUCCUUCGCAGAAUGAAGUUCCUGAAACAAAGAAAGAAGAGUCUUUGUUAGAUCUGGACUUCGAUCCAUUCAAGCCCAGUGCUGCGGCUACUGUGACAGCCCCUUCGCCAAUGUCUCAGACGCUACCCUGGGAUCUGUGGACGCCUGAUUCGUCAAAAAGUCUUUCCCUGUUUAACGUGGUCAUGGAGAAAAACCCAACAGAAGACAUUAACAAAUCCCAAACUGAUUUAGGUUCGGUCCAUUGGGGCCUGGGUGGUAGUGCAGCCAGUGAGAGCCAGGAAAGAGCAUCAGAUGACCCUUUCCCUUUCCCUGAGGCAGAGGAAAUUUCAACAGAAUCAUCUGUUGGUGAGCAAGAAAAUGGUGCAUCUUGGAUGACCUCCACAGAUGAAAGCCAAACCCCUAUCCCGGACACUUACUUGGACACAGUCUACGUUGUAGAAAGCAGCACCGAUCUGGUUGAGGCGGACCCAUCUUUAGAGACUGGACCUUUGGCACAGUAUCCUGCAGUGGGAACAGAUAGCUUUUUGGAUGGAGCCCCAUCUAGUGUGGAAAAGGCAGAAGAUGAAAAAAGGACAACAGAAGAGUCUUUGUGGGCAAGUGUGGAACCCUAUGAAAAGGUAGAAACCAGAGCUGUUAACCUCAAGGAAGUAGACCACGCAGAGGAGUUUGAAGAGAGAGAUUGUAACAGUAAAGAAAACAGUGAAACAGAGCAUCUCGAGGCCUUAGCCUUAAAUAACACUGAGUUAGACAUUUUAAGGGGUUCAGAAUGUAGUGAUGGACAGCUAGAGAUAACUACUGGCUGUCACCUUCAAGAAUUCAACUUAAAAGUUAAUGGGGAAGCUGUGGCUCAAGAGACAGGUGAAAAUGAUGCAAAGGAUAUAGUGGACACAGGUUUGGGACAUGAGAUCAGUGAUUGUACAAAUGUAGAAUUCAAUAAGUUGGAACAUGGGAAUGGCUUAGGCUCCUGGAAUCCAAAUCAUGGAACAGAAUUUGUGGAUGACCUACCCUGUUCUGGGGAUAUGGCCACAAAAAGCACACAAGAAAGAGAAAUGGGAAGUCUUACAGGAUUAGCUGACUUAAAUGUCAGAGACAAAACAGCUGCUGAGGUUGGAGAACCUGUGUGUGGUGAUGAGUUAUGCGGGGCAGGAAAACGUGGUAAAGAAACUGAAGACUGUAACUGCGGCAUCUCUCAAAACAAUGUUGUUGACGAAUGUCAAGCUACCUUCAUAUCCUUUGAAAACAAUCUGGUUUUGUGCCCUGAGUCUGCUAACACAGCCAACCUCAGUCAUUCUUGCCUAGGUAAUGUGGAAGAUAAGUUUGUAGACAGAGAAGCAUUUUCAAUGGCCGAAGAACUUAUUAGCAUUAGUGCCCUCGGAUCAGUGGAAACAGACCCCUGGCAAGCUAACUGGGAUCCAACAGUCAAUAGUGAUUCUUGCAGGGUUUCCAGGAGGACAAAUGGAUGUGAUAAUUGGCCCUUCCCACCAGAACGAGACUCUAUGGAUGAAAACAUGGAGAGUCCUUGGCCAGGUUUUAAUGAUACAUGGUCUUCACAAGAUUUGGGAGGCUUAGGUCACUGUUGGGGAGUUAUGGGUUUAAGAUCAAGUCACCAAAAUGAGGAGGAGGCACCUUUAAAACCAGGAUCAUCUGGGGAACAGGCACAUAUUAGCAGCUGUGGAACACACAAGGAGAUAGGUAGGCCGUUGGCUCUGUUCCAGAUGGGCACUUCCAGAAAUGCUAGCACCGAGAGCUCAACUAGCCCCAAAGACAAUGAGACCAACAGUUCAGAUUUAUCUGAAGAUGAAAUUGCUAACCGGAGAUAUGGAUUGUUGUACCAAGAAAUUGAGGCUGAUAAAGAAGAGGCAUCCAGUGCUUUCAAUGGAUUCACACAGGAUACAUCCCUGUUCUCAAUGCAAUCAAAUCAGAAUGUGAUGAAUAACUUGGCUGAGGCAGAAGAGGCUCCCUCUUUAGAAGUCCAGGCUGAGGAAGUCCUCAGUGCCCCUGAUGUGGCUGUCCCUGCUCCUGAGCCAGAGCCUCAGCCUGUUGAGGCUGGUGAGCCACCCGCUGAAGCUGUGGAUGCUGUAGAGGCAGGGAUUCAGGAGACAACGGAAUAUGCUGAGAAAGAAUGUGAGUUACAGAUGGACUCUGUUGUGGAAAGCCCAGCUGCACCCGAGAGUGUCUGUAUCGCUCCCGUAACUGAAAGCGAUGAAGUUGUUGUUGCCACUGAAACAGAAGAAGUUGGUGGCAGUGACAAACCUCACACUGAAGGGAAAGAAACAGAAGCAUUGCAGGAAAAUCUCAGCAACAUUCCUUCAGUGAUAAUAGAGCCAGCAUCCAACAACGAAGAAGAUCAUGAUGUUGUAGUGAACGAAUCAAAAGAUACUGUGGAAGAUGUUGGUACUCAGGGCACAGAGGGCAUGGCUGGCGAACCUCCUGAGGCUGGUAGUGAGCCGACAACCAUCAAGGAUGUCCCACCAGCAACAUCUGAGGAACAGGCUGUGGCAGCAGAUGCCUGCGUGCCACCUGGCUUCCUCUACAAGGUUGAAGUGCUACAUGAUUUUGAGGCAGCUAAUAAUGACGAGCUAAACUUGGUGCGUGGAGAUGUUGUAUUCGUAAUCCCGUCAGCAGCGGCAGCUGAUCAGGAGGCUGGCUGGUUAACAGGCAUUAAGGAAUCCGAAUGGCUUAAGUACAAAGACGCAGCUACUUGCAAGGGACUCUUUCCCGAGAAUUUCACCCGCCAAUUGGAAUAGUUCUGAGCUCAGGCAUGAAGAGCCACUGUAAGAAGCUCGGUGCCCCUGCAUUUUCAACCUUUCCAAUACGCAGGCGCCCAACUUUAUAGUUGAGCCAUCCCGGUUUACAGACUGGUGCCAGACCCAAAAUGAAGCAAGACAAAAAAAACACCCCAGCAGCCCUGGAUGACGCAUAUCAAAUGAGCAUGAUUGCAAGACGUUCAAAGCUCGCAUAUUCUGAAGCAGUAUGUGGAAAAAAAAAUGUCCUUCUUUGUUCACAUAUACGUGGCGACAGGUUUGUUUGUACUUUUGUCCGAGCUAUGGUGAUCCUGUAACUUGAUCCUUUCCCCAUGCAAAUCUGAGUAGCCUCCUCAAUACCGGAACCUUAACUUUCUCUGCACUAAGUGUAUCGUAUCGUUGCUGCACUGCAGAAGACUUGACUAGUAACCCUGUAGUAAUGAGGUCCAUCUAUUCCAAUUUUCAGUGUCUGGGAAAAAGAGAAAUCCGCCACAAAGUUUUUCAGUGUUCUUUUCAAACAUACAUAAAUUUAUAUAUAGCUAUAUAUAUAUGUAUAUACACACACAUGCACGCAGAUGUAUUGUAUGUGUAUAUAGAGCAGUGCAUGAAGAUCAUCGGUAGCCUAUCAGCGGCGUUAUCUGCCACAAACAGCACGAGGCUUCAGGAGUGGUAGCGAACCUGGAAAGGAGCAGGAAGACCCACAAGCCUGGGGCUGGCUGCAAUGUACAACCAGGCCUAGACUCCUGACUACUUAGCAGACAAGAGGGGGAAGCCCAGCUAGGGAAUAACAAAGCUGUCGGUUUGUAUGGUAGGGCUUGACAGAGUGGUGUACUCUGGACUGCCCAGCCAUAGACUACCACCGAUCUGUAUGCAUUUACACAUAUCGUUCCCCUCCAUUGUAGUUCCUUGACGUAGUAUCGCUCAUACUGGCAUUUUGUUCUUAUUGUCUGGCAUUACAGUAGAGAAUUCCUUCCCGAAUGGGAAACCAGCUGCUCCAUUGCCAAAAAACAUUAGACGAUAUCUGCCUUUGUGAUGCAAAAUUAAUCAUUCCAAGAGGACAACCAAGUUCUCAGAGCUCGCAUUCAAAGCUGCUGUUGAAAACAAGCAAGCAAACACCGGGGAAGGCAUGGCUCGGUCACCUCUGUGUAAUACCAACUGCUACAGCUAAGAUAAGAUACCUUCAGAGGAAGGGGGAGGGUUGUGAUGCUAAUUUUAUUUUAUUUUGAAAAUUGGCUGGAUGAAUACAUGUGAUUCUAGUCGGGGGGGGGGGGAGAUGAACAGACACACUAUAUUUUCCACUAUAUGUAUUUAUGCAGCGCACCUUUUAAAGAUCCCUUGAAAGUAAAACAAAACAAAAAAAGAUGUAUCCUGUAUCAAAAAGUCAUCUGUAACUCAUGUUUUUUCAGUGUUGUGUCAUUCAAAAUAAAACCUUUGAUCAGCUCCACAAGAAGCUCAA